CAGCAUCUCCUCUUCACUACUGCCACUUCUUCUGCGGUGCUUGUCAUCGCUGUUUGCUGUCGUUUACUGCUUCUCCAGCCACCACUUGUUGUCGUCGUUGCUCCAGUUCUUGCUGCCGUGAUCGACACCUCCCCGGUCGCCACUUCUACCGUGACCGUUGCCCUGCUCUUGUGCUCUUCUGUCGUGCUCUUCUGCAUCCUCUAUUUCAAAUUUAGGUUGUUAAAGCAAGGCCUCAAAGAAAUGGUUAUAACUGAGAAGUGGUCUUCAUACAAGGAAGAUAAUAUUGGCAGAGCUGAGGUUGUUACAGAAAAGAUUUUGAGUGAAAAUUGGUGGCAAAAAAUUGAUUAUAUUCUUACUUUCACAAAUCCUAUUUAUGAUGUUUUAAGAAGUACAGACACAGAUGUACCUACUCUUCAUUUGGUCCAUGAGAUGUGGGAUUCAAUGAUCAAGAAAGUAAAAAGUGCUAUAUAUCUCUAUGAAAGAAAAGAUGAACAAGAGUCAUCGUCCUUCUACGAUGUUGUGCACUCAAUAUUAGUUCAAAGAUGGACAAAAAGUAGCACACCUCUUCAUUGUUUAGCACAUUCAUUGAAUCCAAGGUAUUAUAGCCACCAAUGGUUGAGAGAAGAUCUUACACGAGUUUCUCCUCAUCAAGAUAUUGAGAUCACUAAUGAGAGAGUUAAAUGCUUGAAGAGGUAUUUUCCUAACGAAGAAGAGAGGAGAAAGGUAAACAUUGAAUUUGCAAGCUUUUCUGAUGGUAGAGGUGUCUUUGAUGAUUAUGACUCUUUGAAUGAUAGAGCCAUAGUUGAUGCAAAGUCUUGGUGGCUAAUUCAUGGUAGUAAAGCAAAAUUUUUUCAACCAAUUGCUCUUAGGCUACUAGGGCAACCAUCUUCAUCUUCUUGUUGUGAAAGGAAUUGGAGCACAUAUUCUUUUAUCCAUUCCCUAAAAAGAAACAAGUUGAAGCCUAAACGUACAGAAAAUUUAGUAUUUGUCCACACUAAUCUUCGUCUUCUUUCAAGAAAAACUCCACAAUAUAAUAAAGGAGAAACUAUGAUGUGGGAUAUUGCUGGAGAUGCUUUUUCACCAAUUGAUGAAGAAAAUGGUGUUCUUGAAGUUGCUCACCUUUCUCUUGAUGAACCGGAGUUGGAAAGAGUGACUUUUUCUAAUGAUGAAGAUAUCAACCAUAUAUGAUGGAGAAAGAAUGACUUUAGAUAACUUUUUUUUUUGUGUACAUGUGAUGUACA